CAUUUUAUGGAUUCUUAAUAUGAGGAGGGAGAAAUUAUGACUCAUAAAAAUGACAAAUUAGAACGUAUAAAUAGUGAAUCCUCUUUACGAUCUCUUGUAAAUUUUUUAAUUUAUUCAUAGAGUGACACAAAUGGUGAUGAAAGAUUACGUAAAUCUUUAUUAGAAAAAACAAGUUCCUUUUCUUAUAUUUGUGCUAUUUUUAAUUUCUUAGGUCAUUGUACAUAAGUUGGUUGCAAGUAUUUCUAUUAAUAUUCUUUUAGGAAAAGACAUAUUUUAUUAUAGGAUGGAUUAGAUUAAUUCAUCACUGAGAAUAUGCAAUUAUUGAAUCAAUUGAUUAGUAGUGGAUAAAACAUUAGAGUUCCUAUAGAAAAGAUAAUAAAUAGAGAAAAUCGCAAUUCCAAACACUAAGUAAUCAAACCUAAAGUUAUGAUUAAUUAUAAUCGAGAACUUUGUGAAAAAUAUUAAAGAGCCUUAACUCAUAAAUUAAGAAAAGAUAUUGAUAAGAUGCAAGAUAAACUUAAAACCAUUUCAUAUCUUAAGAAAUGGGUUAGACAUAAUUUCGUAGAUGCUAGAGAUUUUAGUGAAUUGUACUAUUCCCUAAAUUCUACGCAAUAAAUUCAUUUUAUGAACUUUUUUAAAGUUCUUGAGUUAUAAACACCCUCAUUUCAAUGAUCAUUAUACAUAUCAAGUUUGUU